CCGCUGAAGGAGCAGUGCCACGUCAGCCAAUCGGCUCAAGCCCUGCCUAGGAAACACCUGUUGAUCUCCCUCCCCACCGCUGGUCUCACGGGGUGCAGGUUAGGCAGGUGAAGCACCUCCCCGGAAACGGAGCUGGAGCGCCCCACCUGCCCCGCUCGGGUUGGAUCCAGCAAUUCCAGGCUUCUCGAGCCAGCGGUGACAGCUGAAGCCAUGUGAGUGGAUCCUGAAUGAGGCUUUAUCUCUGGCUCUCGUCAUCGUCCGCAGUCCAUCGUGGCACCAGCUCCCUCGGCCACCCGGGAUGGGACAGGCAACUGAGAGAGCCAGAGAGAUGACGGUGACUUCACCCGGGACUGUGAAAGGAACAGGACUCUGGGCUUCCAGCUGCCGAGCAGGCGGUGGGAGCUCCGGACCCUGAUCCACACCCUUUAGUCCCUCCCUGGUUCUGUCCUCCGCCCUGACUUGUCCCAGACCCAGCCAUGCCCGGGGGAGAGGCUCCAGCCCUGUCAGGCAGGGGGCUGCCCCCCGAUGUGCUGGCGGAGCAGGUGGAGUUGUGGUGGUCCCAGCAGCCGCGGCGCUCGGCCAUCUGCUUCGGCAUGGCCGUGGGCCUCGUGGCCGGCUGCGGGGCGGGCGGUGUGGCACUGCUCGCCUCCACCAGCAGUCGCUCGGGUGAGUGGCGGCUGGCAGUGGGCACCGUGCUCUGCCUGCUGGCCCUGCUGGUUCUGGUUAAGCAGCUGAUGAGUUCAGCCGUGCAGGACAUGAACUGCAUACGCCAGCCCCAACAUGUGGCCCUGCUGCGCAGCGGUGGUGGUGCCGAUGCCCUCGUGGUGCUGUUCAGUGGCCUGGUACUACUGGUCACCGGCCUGACACUGGUUGGGCUGGCCGCCACCCCUGCCCGGCCACUGACCGCCAUGCUGUCCGUGGGCAUCGCCCUGGCUGUCUCCAGCUCACUCUUGCUACUGGGCUUGCUGCUGUAUCAAGUGGGCAUGAGUGGACACUGCCCUCCCAUCUGCACAGCUGCCCCCUCCGCCCACAGUGACCACGGCAGCAACGGCAGCAUCUUCAGCAUCUCAGGACGGCUGUCUGCUGUCCGGCGUCAGGAGACCACGUCCAGCAUCGCCAGCCUCAUCUGACCAAGCCAGAACCCUGCCCACAGAUCUGAGCCUGGGCGUGAGUGAGUGCAUGUACGUGUGUGUGUGCACGUGUCCCCAGGACUGUCCAGCCCUUCUGUGUGAUGUGCACUGGGGCUGUGGAACUGCCAGGGGCCAUCUGUUUGUAUCUGGGGACCUGGGGCAGAGACCUGUCUGGGAUCCCCGGAGACUCUUGGCUCCUAUUCCCCACACCCCUUUCCAGCCAACCCUGCCCUCCAACCCCGUCAGGGAUUUCCCCGGGAGGAAUGGCUGCCCCCCCAGAGGGUGCACUGGCAGGUCUCCAUUGAGGAGAAUCGCUGGUGACAAAGUGGAGAGAACAUGGGCUCUGGAAUGGGACAGGCUCGGAUUGGACUCCCCCUUCUGCCACUUCCCAGCUGGGGAACUUGGGCCAGUGACUUAACCUCUCUGAGCCUCAGUGUCUUGAGAGUCGUGGCUGCGGUCGUGAUAGUUCUGAGGAUCAAAUGACAUGUGUGGAAGGACUGGGUACGUGACAGAGGUGCAAUAAAAGUGGUGGCUGCUCUUA